AUGUCAAACAGAUACAAGGCAACAACAGAGACCUCUCAGCCAAUCCUGAUUCACAUUCGACGACCAAAAAGUAUCCUUCCGACCUCGAAAGACAUCCACCAUAACUGCUCAUUGAGUACGGAUUCUCAGGAAUCUUCAGCCUCAUCUGAGAACCAUAAACGACUUACAGGCCCUCCCGCUAACACUGCUACAGCCAUUGAAACAUCCUCUCUAAUCUGCAAACCAGCAACCAAACGUGCUUUUGCUGCCUCCACCAUUCCUCCACAACACGAUGAAAACAACACGCUUCCUGCAAUCCAGUUAACUUCUGCCACGACCCACGGAGUCAGCUCUCCUGAAGAUCUCUCAUCUCACUCCCUAGACAAGGAUGGUUCAUCAAUGCGAAACAAUUUCCAAUUUGGAGAUAUGUCAAAUGAUUUUCUAUCCCAGAGUAGUCUACCUGAGGUACCUCACAAUCCUUCUUUAAGGGAUAAUGAUACACCCAAAUGGGCUUUGAAACUACAAGCUCAGAUGAAUCGACUUGUUGCCCUUUUCGAAGUGUCUACAAAAGAAAAUUUAACACUCCGUCAGGAACUAAAACUUUCUAAUGCUCGUAUAACUGCACUGCAACAAAAACUUUCUGGCACUCGACGUGCUGGAAAUUUUGAUUAUAAUGUCCCUGAAACUUUUCUUAAUAGUUUUGGCAGCAAUGCUUCUAAGUAUUCAGACACUAAUAACUCGGCAAAACAAUCGACCACUGGUCACAAUAGCACUAAAGCUAGUAGUGAUAAUAAAAAGGAACAUCCUAAGACCUCCUUCGCAGACAUGGCAAAGAAGCCGGUCCCACUGAACAAUAAUCGUAAGCGGACUACAUCUAAACAACGUAAAGCAGCUGCCCGCAUUUUUGAAGCUCCAGCUGAGCAAAUAUCUUCUGAUACGUUUCUUUACUUAUACUUGCCAAAUAAAUAUCGAAUUCGCAUCAAGGAUUUUCGCCAAAAGCUACCAACAAUGGGUUUAGACAAUGGAUGCAUAUUUGAUAUUCAUUACCCAGCCCGUGGCGUAGUAGCCCUUUUGAUCCACCAAAGCUAUAGAGUCGAAUUGGAUUCUAUUUUAACGAAAUCCAACAUUGCACCGGUCAAAGAUUUUAAUCCAACUUCAAUUGAGCAUUUACACGAUCCGUCUCUUAAUCACCUUACAGUCGAUGAACGCUCAACUAAAGCUAUUGAAUUUCUUCAGAAUCGUCUGAUAAGAGGAUUGAAAUUUAUUAGAAGUUACCUUCGCCGAUCUGUAGCAAGAAAUUUCCUCCAGCUUGGAUGGAUCACUAACGAACAAGCACAACAGGUGAUUUCAGAGACUAAUAAUGAGAAUGGACACAGCAACACACCUACCAACACAUUCGAAACUACUCGUGCGCCCUCAACUAGCCAAUCCCAUUCUGGAUCCAGUGGAUUAGGAGAAGUACAAGAAUAUGUACAAGCAACCAACAUCAACAACGAACAAAUGGAUAUUGAAGAUGAAACCUAUGAUAACUCCUUGCCUGGUGCCGGUCAACCAGCCCCCCGCCAAUGA